AUGGAUCCUGAUAAUCCGCAGCCUGGACAAGACGCGCACCGCUCUCGCCGGACGAGUGACGUGUUGCCAUCACUGGCAUGGCGAUUGGUCUUCGUCGCCGUAUCCCUGGGAUGGCUAGAUCCACCGUCACUAGGGCCUACCUUCACUGGAUCCAGUGGUCGAAUGGUUUCACAGAGGCAACGGCUCCGGUCACGUUCCGUUCUGUGGACCGCUGGCUCUGGUUGGCAGCGGCUGAACAAACGCGCAUCAUGGGAUUUCUUACUUGGUGCGUCUCCGUUCAGCUAUGAGGAAGUGGUGGACAACGUGCGCCAGGAGGAAUAUAUGAAAAAUCUCCUUUGGGUGGACGACUUUCCCACAGACAACGAGAUAGACAACGACAACGGUGUUCUUUCUGCAGGUCCAGAUCCAGAUGCUGAAGGCUACCCUGCACCCUUCGUGUCAUACCUGGCUCGACUGCUGCUGGCACGUGAUGAGCGGUGCGCCAAAUGGUGGCAAAGCGCCCUUUCAGUUGGUACCGAUUCCCAACGCGAACUGUUUUUCCGUUUCGAGGCUUCCGUGGCAAAGACCUUGCGUGAGCGUUGGCAAAAUCGACCUGGCGCGUUGGCAACUGCGCUCAUCAAGCGCUUUGGUGGCCGCUUUCCCUUCGAUGCGGAGCAGCAAAUCAGGUUGUGCUUUGGACUCCUUCCCGAGGACACCCUGAGAGGGUCCUUUUUCGAUCAGAAUUUCACCACUGAUCGAGAUGAAGUGAUGGAGGUGUUCCUUGCGAUCGAUCAAGAUGGCAACGGUAUGCUGACAAGGAAAGAGAUCGAGAAGGCCUUUGUGUCCUUGGGUGAUGGUUGGCUAUCAAAUCCUGAGAUGGAGCAAAUGUUGGAAGAUGCGUUGGCCGACAGUAAGGGAGAGGUCGAUGUGUUUGGCUUCAAAUCGGCGAUCGCAUCAUCUGUCACAGCAGCACGUCGAAGGCAAGCGCAGGGCAUCCCGGACACUGAGUGGUGGAAAGACCCUGCUGCCUUAGUGCCGGCGCCGCUGCUGGAAACUGCCACGCCGGAACUCCUUCGUGAAGCACAUGAAAGCUUCCUGCGACAAGCGGAACAAAAGGCCAAGCAGCCCUUGAUGAGGGAGCGGCCGCUAAGUUUGCGGGUCUAUGCGCUGUAUACCCUAGCAGGUGCACUCGCGUGUACUGUCACACAUGUGGCCCUGGUCCCAAUUGAUGUUGUGAAGACGCUUCAGCAGACUGAGCCUAGUCACUAUGGUCACAUGGGCUUGAUAGCUGGUGCCCAGCAAUUGAGACAGGAGAGCGGCAUCUCUGCGCUUUUCUUGGGCGUUACCCCUACCCUAGCAGGUUACGCCUGGUACGGAGCAUCAGUAUUUCCCGGCUAUGAAUUCUUCAAGCGGAAACUGAUGGAGAUCUUGGGGCCACGGAGAGCUGCGCGGUUGCGGAUACUGACAAUUUUGCUGGCGGGCGCUCUUGCAACCUUCGUGGCCUGCAUAGGAGUUUGCCCGGCAGAGGCUGUGCGCAUUCGCACCGUGGCAGAACGAGGUUUCCAAACUACCUUCAUGGGAUCACUGUCUCAGCUCUUUGCUGGCUUCCCGCCGCUGCUGCUGCGCCAGGUCUUCUUUGGAAUGGCCAAAUUUUUAGUCUUUGACACAGUGGCUGCCAUGAUCUAUCGGCAGUUCCCCUGGUUGCACAACAGGAAAAGGAACUCGUCAUUGGUGUCGAUGUUCUCUGGAGCUCUCGCAGGCUUCAUAUCAACUUUGGUGAGCCAACCGGCUGAUGCGAUUCUGACCAGAUUGGCUGCAGUGCCGCAGCUAGGAAUUGCCAGCGCGGCGCUGUCUCUUUGGCAGGAAGGCCGCAUCGGUGCCUUCUUUGUUGGCUUCUCUGCCCGCGCCAUCUUUGCUGCGCUCAUCAUUGGAGGGCAGUUCUUGCUUUACGAUGUGGCCAAGAGGCUCUUCCGCGUGACGCACGCAGACUUGUCGCAGCGGGCAGAUGUGCUCACCACCGCGCUCCGAACCGAAAAGCUUCCAAUGCUCAUUGCAGAGCAAGGACGUCAAGCAACCGUGGCCCCAAGGGCAGCGGCCAAAAGAUCUUCAGCAGUUGGUGAGAUGACAAUCCCUGAGUCGUGGCGCGGGCGCUUUUGGGUUGGACCGAAAUCGGAGAAGACCAACCUGCUGUGCUGUCCCCAUCCGGCUUUGGGAGGAAUGCUCGGGAGCGGGAGCGCCGGUGCAAUCUGCACUUGUGCGGUGAUUGGAGCAAAAAUUAGAUCCGGUGAUAGCACAAGUGCGGCGAUUGCAUCGUUGCAACAACUUCAUCGCAGAGCCCGACAUCGCUCAGAGCUAAUGUCAGUAUGCGCUGUGGUGCACCAUAGGCAGAGACCUGGCCAAGAUGUUCCAGAGGGGCAAUCCAACCAAGUAGAGUCUGACACAGAGGACUCAACCCAGACAUCCGCGUCCAGUCACGAGGCUUGCGAGAAGUCGCACCCAACCAAGAAAGUACCCGCGUAUCCGUUCCAUCCACAUUUUAGCCUCAAAUCGUACAGCUCAUCUAUUGAUGUGAUACAGAAGGCUUGUCGCUCAACCAAAGGUGCCCGGGCCAUCGUCAUUCUAUUGCCAGGCGUUCAUGGAGGAGUUGGGCCGUGCCGUCAACCAGGAGAGGUCUAUGACAAAAACUGCCUCUAUGCAGAGGUUUCCAAGAGGCUGCGUGAAAUUGAUGCUCCAGCGGACGUCUUCCGCUGUUCUUGGCCCUUCAUGCACCCGGAUAUGAAAGAUGCAGUUUCAGGGGUGUGUCGUGUUCUACACUAUGCACUGCUUCGUGCAUCCUGGAAGCAAAGCACCGCAAAUGUGUCCAAGCACAAACGCAAUGUGAAAGUCAUCUUGAUCGGCCACUCAUUAGGCGGUGCUGUCGCGCUGAACUCUGCCCGAUGUCUUUGUGAGACAUUUGGUCCAGACGGAAUUGGCUGUCGUAGUAUCGAAGGCCUGGAAAAUGCCACAGUGAAGAUCGCAGGCUUGUGUACCCUGAACGCGGCAGUGUCCACUGGCCGCCUGACGCAGGGGUGCUUGGACGACCUGAAGAAGGUGAGUGCAUUGAUUGUGUCUGGAGAUGCUGAUAAGGUUGUACCACCUGCGGCUUCAAGCCAUCUGCAUGAGGUGCUGAAGGAGACUUGUCCUGCUGUGCGACAUCUGAGCCUUCCCGGUGGAACCCACGAUUUGUUCCAGUACAAGGAUUGGCUGGUGAGUGAGCUCACGAACUUUAUUUGCCAACUUCUGAAGUACCGAGCCGCUCCAGCAAAGCGAACUGAGCCGCAGCCCCAGAUUCCGGCAUCGCCAACUGUUCAGUGA